CUGUAAAACACUGCAAGGAACAGAAAUGCAUGGCAAGCCCAAAAAUAAGGGCAAAAAAAUGCUAAUUUUAAAAGUUAAGGAACACUAAUUCUAAACAUUUCUAUAUGUGCCAAUAUUCACAAUUACUGUAUCAUACUUACUAGAGCUCAUACAGUUUGGGGAGGAAAAAACCCUGAAUAGACAAAGUGGAUAACAACUGUUAGGUCAUACUGAAUUCAAUUUGCUUUAUAAAGCCUAUCAAUUGGCAAACAUUUUGGAAGUUUGGAAAUUUAAUGAAACAUUUUGUAUAGUAUUGAUGGAAAAUCCAUGGUUUCCUAUGAAGUUGACCAGGCUGGGUACAGUGGCUCACACCCGCAAUCCUAACAUUCUGGGAGGCCGCGUCAGGUGGAUUGCUUGAGAUCAGGAAUUUGAGACCAGCCUGAGCAGGAGUGACACCCUGUCUCUAAACAUAGCCAGGCAUUGUGGCACACACCUCGGUCUCAACUACUUGGAGGCAGAGACGGGGGGAUCACGUCCAAGAGUUUGAGGUUGUGAGCUAUGAAAUCAGCACUGUACCAGGGGUACAAAGUGAGACUUGUUUCAAGUUGUUGAGCAGUAAGUUUUGACAUUUGGUGAAGUCCUAAUUAUAGAAAUACAGUUCUGAGAAGUGAGGUAAUUAGUAUAGACAUGUAUAUGAUGCUCUGAAAAUCUAUGCAUUUGAUUAAAAUCAAGCAUAUUCACCCACAUCACUAAGAUAAUUUCAGGUUGCAGGUAAGUUACUUGAGCAUAGUUUAGUCCAGUGAAAAAAGCAGCAUAUAUGAAAUGGUGACUCCUAGCUAGGUUCCUUUAACUGUUUACAGAAGGGCCCUAAAGUUUUAAAGUACUGUUCAUGUCGUAUCAAGGGGUUUGAUACAUAACACAAUUCAGAGAACCCUCUGUAAGGGAAAGAAUAUGUAAUUAUAAAUAUUUAGACAUAAAAGUUGGUGUGUAUUUAGAAUGAAAAGUAAUUUUUAACAUCAGAUCUCUCAACUUCAGAGAUAUUCCAUUUAAUAACAGUCUGAUUUUGGCUGCAUACUCUGGUUGCUUUCAAUGACAACGAUUUUAUAGUGUUUUCAGUAUAAUUUAAUCUUUAGUUGAUCAAAAAUAUUUUUUGGUAGCUCAUGUGCCCCCCCAAAUCAAAACGUAUGAUCUAUUAUGUUUUUGACAGCAAGCUUCCAGUUGGUUGGGAGUCAAUUAGAAGUGAGUCCUUUACUUAAACUUUGCAACUAACUAACCAACUUGUCUCUACAUUCCAGUCCUCAAAAUCCCGUCUUCAUUUGACUUUUGGUCUUGCUAUUGCAUGUCAUGACCUGAUGAAAUGGUGGGAGUAUUCCUGGAGGCCAUUCAUACAACAGAACAGGGAAGUGUGACAGCAAUGACAGUGUUUUUUCCCUUGGAUACAGCUAGACUUCGUCUUCAGGUUGAUGAGAAAAGAAAGUCCAAAACUACACACAUGGUGCUUUUGGAGAUCAUUAAAGAAGAAGGCCUAUUGGCACCAUAUCGAGGGUGGUUUCCAGUCAUUUCCAGUCUUUGCUGUUCCAAUUUUGUCUAUUUCUACACUUUUAAUAGCCUCAAAGCAGUCUGGGUCAAAGGUCAACGUUCUACUACUGGAAAAGAUCUGGUAGUUGGAUUUGUUGCAGGAGUGGUGAAUGUGUUGCUGACAACUCCACUCUGGGUGGUAAACACCAGGCUGAAGCUGCAAGGAGCAAAAUUUCGGAAUGAAGACAUUGUACCCACCAACUACAAAGGUGUCAUUGAUGCUUUUCACCAGAUCAUUCGAGAUGAAGGAAUCUUGGCUUUAUGGAAUGGCACACUUCCCUCCUUGCUGUUGGUCUUCAAUCCUGCCAUCCAGUUCAUGUUCUAUGAAGGUUUAAAACGGCAGCUUUUAAAGAAAAGGACGAAGCUUUCUUCUUUGGAUGUGUUCAUCAUUGGUGCAGUAGCCAAGGCAAUUGCCACCACAGUCACCUAUCCCAUGCAGACAGUACAGUCAAUUCUGAGGUUUGGACGUCACAGGCUAAACCCAGAAAACAGAACAUUGGGAAGUCUUCGGAAUGUUCUCUAUCUUCUUCACCAGCGAGUAAGGCGCUUUGGAAUAAUGGGACUCUACAAAGGCCUUGAAGCCAAACUGCUGCAGACGGUACUCACUGCUGCUCUCAUGUUCCUUGUUUAUGAGAAACUGACAGCGGCUACCUUCACAAUUAUGGGGCUGAAGAGUGCGGGCAAGCACUGAGACACCUUCCAGGGAGGAGUGUGGAAGAUGCUCGAGAUGGGGAGUUUCCUUCUGAGUGAAGAGAAGCAAUGUUCCUUUUACUCUUGUUCCUUCCAGCACAAAUUCUACCCUCAUUGGCGUGGAAGGCAUCCAGGGGUAAACAGGGUUAUGACCGGUUGUACCUGUUGCCAUCUUAGCUGGUUGGAGUUUGGGGUGGUGGAUGGACUAAGAAAACAUUAUUGAAAACCUAAAAAUGGAAGUAUGAAAGUUUGUGGCAGUUUAUUGGUUUUCUUAAGGGGAAUGGACUAUUUUGCUGUUGUGUGUAAUGUUUUCUAUUUAAAUUUUUCUUAAAUAUACCAGCUGUUCUUUGCCCCAAGUUUUAGGACAAGUUUAAUAAUGUAAUUCUCCUCAUAUUUUUGUAUGUCUUAAUCUUAGUAUUUUCCUCACUAAAGAUAAUUAUUAUGUCUGG